AUGUCAAUUAUCCAGCAGCAUACGAGCGCGACGCUCGGUGACGCAUGGCGCACCAUCAACAUCGACGCCCUGAACGAAGACUCCAGCGUCAACUUCGACACCUCGACUCUGCAUCCCCCACAGCCCGAGAUCGACGAGGCGGAAGUGCGCCAGCUUUCUGGGCAGAUCAGGCAGCUGCUGAGAGGAGGUGAUGCGGAGGGAGCUUUGAGGGGCAGCUUGGAGACUCCAGUAUACAACGGAACGGAUGCAGCCAAGGAUGCUCAUCUGCACACUAUAAUCGAGGUCCUCCAGUCGAUUAAGGCAAGCGAUAUGUCCCCCUUACUGAAGAGCAUCUACGGAUCUGAGGGAGGCCCUGAGUGCCUGGAUGUCCUGAUGAAGUAUAUCUACAAAGGAAUGGCUACGGUUCACCCUGGAGCAGCUUCGCGAUCACCAAACAAGGUUACACCUCAAUCGACGGGAGGUUUCAGCCAGAUCGCCGGGCGACCUGGCUCGAAUGAGCCCGCCACUGCAGCCAUGAGUGUGCUCCUGAGCUGGCAUGAGAAGGUCGUUGAGGUCGCUGGUCUGGGAUGCAUCGGCCGAACAAUGAGCGAUUGGCGAAAGGUUUAG